GCUAAAAUUCCCUACAAGCCCCGAUAUACCUUUAUUCAAAAAGUUUCGAGGAAACUGGAAAAAUAUCGAUUCCCAGAAAAUACAGGUCAGUACUGAAAAGUUAUCAUGCCUGAGUAGAUCAGAAAUUGAUAAACUAUUAGCAUUUUACCAAGCUGAAUUGACUAAAGAAAUCGCUAGAGAUGAUUAUCGAGAAUUAAUUGAGCUUUCAAUAAUAUUUCUUGGCGGAGAUACACAGAACAAAAUUAGAAUCCGGCCUCCAGGGGCAAUGCACCAAGGACGAUGGAUGACAAGAACAAUUUAUUCAUUAAAAAUUUCAUUACUUAGCUCUCAAUUAGGAAUUUCAAAUAAGGAUAAGGCAGCUUUGUUAGACGUCUGCCUGUUCAUCGUGACAUCCUAUGUCAAGCCUUGGCUGCAAUGUAUUUUAGCUGUUAAAGCACCAUUCCAAGACUUAUGCUUUUUAAAAGCCAUGAAGGCUUACGAAAUAAUCGAUAAAAAUAUCUCAAAGGCAGCUUUACAAAAAUUUUGCCAGCAUUUAUGGUAUUUGACAGAUGAAGUGUCUGUCUUGUCUCUAUUUGACGAUGACAUUGACCAAGAAACUAAAGUAAAGAUAGUUGCUAACUUAACUAAAGAAUAUCCAUCGGCCAACGGUAAACGCUACAUACCAUCGAAAGACGAACUUUGUGGUCCGCUUUACGAGAAAAACAUCGAUGACUUUGUUUCAAUAAAAAGCAAAUCUUUAUUCAAUCGACUUAAAAUAGUUGAUGAUAGCUUUCUUAAUGAGUCUCCAACUACAUGGCCAAAUAAUGCUUCGUUCCAAAAUGCUAAAAAGAAGGUUUACACACUGAGAGCAGUUAACGAUACCGCUGAAAGAGCGGUUAAGUUAAUGCAAGACUUUCAUGGCUUAAUCACCGUCGACGAGGAACAAAUCAAUUUUUGUUAAGUUGCGUUCAAGAACACAGACAGAUAUAUCCGGAUUGUAAAAAGAAAACUUUGAAAAGAAAAUUUAGUAAAUAAUAACAUAAUGUUAUUUAUAAAUACUCAAUAAGUAUAAAAUAUAUGUAAAACGGUGUAUUAUUGACUACAUAAAUAUUUUAAUCCGCAAUCAACACAAAGCUUCCAUACUAACUUUCAUAUUUUAAGUUUAACAUCAAGUCGGCACGGGUUAUCGUUAUUCAAUCGUAAUAAUAUUUAUUAUUUGAGUUGUUAGGAUCAAAUGUAAAAAAAAUCGCGGGUAUGCGUAAGUAAAUUCGAAAAAAAAAAUUUCGCCCUUGUUGGCUGGGACACCCUAAUGUAUAUACAUAUAUAAAUGGAACAUGAGCAUACUGCAAAAUAAAAUUGACUAAAAUAUAAUAUUCGCUGGCACAAGAAAAGCCUAACUAUUAUGAAACAAGUAAGAGAAAUUUUAAAGCGAAUGCAAAAGGGUUUUAGCUUGAACUUUUCUGCACAAAAUUUGUUUGAAAAUCAGCAUAUAUUUUACUACUGUGAACAAAACAACGAAUCCAAAAGGGGUUUACUCGUAGCCUGAACUGUUCUGCACAAAAUUUGUUUAAGCAUCCGCAAGUCUAAUAUAGUAUCUACAAAGUUUAGUGGUCCUGUAACCUCACAUAAAAACAAACUGCAUAAAGCAUGUUCUCAUUAAGUGCUAGGACAAGUUGUAGCCAAUACUAGUGGCCGACAACAUAAACAAAAGGUCAACAGCUAACAUUUAAACGUACAUUAUUAUUGCUACGAUUUCAUUUAUUAAAAUAAAUCAGUAUUUUUAAUUUUGUUCUACACAAUUUUAACAAGAAAGGUCUAAACUGUCUUUAUAAGCGAGGAGGGUUAUUAAAAUUAACUUUAGACAAAUGAAAAGAACUGCAAACUGUUCCAUUCAUGAUUUUCGCUAAGAAUACUAUCCAAGCAUUUCUCUACGACUAUUAAGUAUAAACGACUAGUUUUAAAUAGUAUUAAGACUUAAGCUCGGAAAUUAAAACGAAAAUUAAAAACUGUUUUAGAACGGACUCUAACUAGUCAGAAUAGAUUUUUUAACUCGAACUCCAUACCACACAACCAAAUUCCAAACAAGCUUAACUAAAGUUGUAAAAACAGUUUUAGUACUAUACGGAUCUCUCAAUUCUUUAGACCAGCGUUUAAUAAAGAUAAAAGCACCUUUUUCGUUCAAAACCAUACCAAUUAAUAUGGAGAUUAAAAUUAAGCUCGCGGUCUAUAAUAACUUCCAUAUCAAUAAAGUUUAAAACUUGCUUUAGUCUAUGGUUUUUAUUGCAUAAACGAGGAGUGUACAGUAGAGCGGGUUGAUUUUUUGUUCUCUAAAAUCGUGUAUGUGGGAAAUGUUUUACGGAUACGGUGAUUAAGUAAAAAAAACAUUUCAAAUUCAAAUUACAUAUGUACAUAUCUUUAUUCAGGCUUUACAGUGAUUAUUUACAUAUAACACAUACUUAUAAAUCUUAAAAAAUAUAUAUUAAAAAAU